GGCGGAUUCUGGCGCCCAACACCUUCGUUAUUAUUGGCCAGCGAUGUGAGACGGACGGCCAGACCGAAUUCCUCAUGAUAAGGAAUUCCUCUUGUUCAUUCGCCCGUCAGACAUCUUACGCAGACCCGAGGCUAAAACGCCUGCGCCAUUCCAGGGCCAAAUGAGCGAUACCGGCCGCUAUUUCAGCCAGGAUCUGACGAGUUAGGAAUCCUCCUGCUAGUUACUACUGCCAAAGGCCAGCCUCGAGAACCUCUCUUCGAUAGUAACGUUACCUGGGCGGCGCACACUGGAUCCAGGAUAUGGACGGGCACACAGUUAUUUCCCUAGUAUAAGACCACUGUCAAAGAGCCUAUCGGGAUUAGAAACAGUGCCCGCUGCAACCUUGAGACAAAUAAAAGGUCUUAGUGCAUGGUUACUCAAAAAAAGCCACCACCAUGGUUGCGGGGAUCAAGCAUUCGAGCAAGAAAGCCACUGACAUACGCAUAGUAUAUGCCUACCGGCGGGGGGCGGCAAUUGAUGAAUGACAAUGGGUAAUGAGAAUUUUUGCUGCGCCCAAGCUUCUUAAAAUUGGGAUGAUUGGAUAUAUCAUAUGCCCUCCAAAAAGGCCAUGAGAAGUGGCUGGACAAAGAAGCUUUUCGCAUCCCUGAACAAGCAAAGAACGUCUGAUUGGCAACCUACCGCUCCCAAAUGGGCGUUGUGAGCCGAUAAUGCCCUUUUCCGGUCCGAGACUUCACCUGAUGAAACCAUAUACAAUGGUUGAACAUUCGGAGACACCGGAAUGAACAUUAUUUAUUGGGACGACGCAGUUGACUAUCAAGAAGCAUAUGGCCAUAAAAUCCCCUCAGCUUCAAGAAGCUGUCUCAACUAAGCCUAGCUGUGGUGCUUAGGAACUGCUAUUCCCAAUCCAACAACCCUAGCUGGUGCGCCCCAGUGACCUCAGUGACCAAACAACUGGGGCAGCGAAGUCUUGCAUGGCCUAUUGCCUGAGACAAAAGCGUCUUUCCUUCGCAUCAAUUUGUCAAUCAGCACAGAUCGGAGUAGCGAGUUCUUCCCGAUAAAUUCAAUUCAUUCAUUAUUAAGCCAGUACAUGCUGAGGGAGGUAUUUUCAAAAGUCGCACGCGCCAAGUUCGAAGCACCAACACCACGCUUAAAAGGUUAUACCAGCCAUGUAUAGUCUAACAGCCAGUACAUGUCUAUAAAUCGGCCGUGACGUUUAAACCAAACAUCAUAACUCAAAAACAAUGUAUAAACAUACUCAUCACUACUCGUCACCUUUAGGAGGAGGAUUCCUCCCUCACGACGCCAUUUUUAACAGGCUGGAAUCCAGCCUCGCUCUUCUCAGCAUUCAGCAGCUCGUCCAAUGCCUUCUGUGCAUCCCAAUUUUCGUCAUGCAGAUUAUCCCCAGCGAGGUCAAUCCACGCCCUCCAUGCUUCAGAGUUAGGAGCUGCGCCGCUCACCCGCACCCAGUCGGUGAACUUGGAAACAUGAAUAGCUUUCCACAGCGCCUGCGUGUAUGUCUGCGCGUCUGUGUUUCGUAUCUCUUUCAUUUCAUAACGUAUAAGGUUCCAAUGCCAUCCUCUAGGGAACAGUGCGGCGAUCUGAUAGCAGCCGUUGAGUAAAACGUAUGAACCGCCGAGUGCCGCCUGCAUGGUCCAGGUAGAAUUUCCCAUCAGGAUCACCGCGCUCAUGAGCAGAAAUGUGCCCACCCCAACUAACGCGCGGAAUAUCUGGUCACUGACGACGUAGCUACAUUCUUCUGUGCCCGUGUAGAGUUCGCGGGCGAUCUCUUCUGUACACCGUAUGAUUAUAAAUGCGCCCUGUCUCGUCCGAAUAAUCAGGUCACCGUCCGGCACAACUGUUUUGCGUUUCCGCACCGUCAAGUUUGGAUGCCACAUGGAAGAUAAUCCAAUGAUACUAGAUGUGAAUGACACAACCACGAUCGCAAUGACCGCUACACCAUCUUCGAGGAUAAUAGCCCAUGCGCACAGGCCAACCGACAGAAGGAAUGAAGCAACUGAGAGAAGAGCUAAGGGCGAAAAGGGCUGAGCAUGAAUGACACCCUUUGGCGUUCGAAGAAUACGAUUUCUAAGUUUCUUUUCAUCACUGAGGGUGUCUGCGUAGCCUUCUCUAUGUUUGAUCCGGAUCUCUCGAACGGCAAAGCUAGGAAGAUCGAUGUUGUAGACGAGGUUUGCAAAAUGGUUGAGCUCCAGGAGCAGGGUGCCGGAGUGAAUGCUCACGAUGUGUGCCGGAAUGGAAGGCAGACGUGUUGGCCGCUCGUGUCUGAGAAGCGCCUGCGGAGCAGGCAGGAUACGAGGAAGCAGACACAGAAUUGAAGCUGUUAGCGGUUGGGAGUGCGCCGACAUGGCACUCUCGCCAAUGACGGCGAGCAAACUAACAAUAUCCAGACUCCAGUCAUCGCGGUUCUCGGGGAAUCUGAGCAUCUUGCUGGUUUGUGUCGAUUGGUCGAUUCAGCCUGCUCGUUUUUGUGGAGGAUAUCAGGCAGACAGUGGCUGUCUCUGUUGGCUCGAGAGACACGGGCUUUGAAGACGUCUUGGACGUCAAGUAAUUUAACACAUCGUAGUUUAACCCACUAUUGACGCCCCGAGGAUAGAUUGAACAACUAGAAACCGAUCUCUUGUUGCCAAAAUUCCCCAUGCGGGCGGCUGAUAGAAGGCGGGCGCUCGGUUGUGCCGCCUUGCAGCCUUGCAUCCCGUGCACUCCAGAGCUUCUGGAAUGCAACAAAUGCAACAAAUUAGCCUAUCAAAACUUGUCGGGUCUGUUGGGACCCGCUGGGCGUGGCUAGUUUAGUGCAAGAAACGGCCCGUGUACGAAGGCCAAUGGCCAGAAAAGGAGUGGUGUGCGGAUUCAAAGGCAUCCCAUCCGCCGCAGUCAGUCACAGCCACGCGCCAGUGGAGGCCGCUAUUGGAGACAGGAGAGAUCCGAGAUGGAUUUCAGCCACUUCUUGAAAUCCGUCGUGGAUUUUGUUGACAAUUCGACCACCGGUGACAGAAUCUUCCAACACAAAAGAACGAAGAAAGGAAUCCUCAUCACGAAACGCCAGCGGGGGGGGAUGAAACCAGCGGAAUAAAGAUUGCUUUAAGUAAAUGGAUAGAACAAAGCACCGCCUCACUGAGCAUUCGAUGCUCAAUUUCAUGAUCUAUAUAUUCCCGAGGUGCUCACAGUUAACAGAGUCGUAAUAUUAUUGAAACGGGGAACAAGCAUCUCAGGGUGUAGAAUCGAAACUCCCCAGCAUAUCGAAGAUCUCAACCCUCAGAAAGGAAAUGGUCCACCUCCAAUGGAUACAGGAAACUUUUUCCUACAACAAAAAAACUCAGAGGAAUAAACAUUCCUCGACGCACAGCCCAACCUCAACCACCCCGGCGUCAGCAGCAGAUUAUUUCGAAGCCCUCAACACACUGCAACAGCAAGAACGCGAACUAGCCUUCGAUGCCGCCGCCAUCGCCAAAGCGUCUAAAAGCGAGAAAGAUGCAGCUUCAGUUCUAGAAGCGAUCCGCGGCCAGGAGCGGAGGAGAUAUCUGGCAUCGGGCGCCUCGGACUAUUUUCUCGCGAAUACUGGCCUGAUCAAUCAUGGUAGUGACUUGAUGCAAGUAGCCCAAAGGCUGCCCAAGGGUGCGCAUCUGCACUGCCAUUUCAACACUAUCCUUCAUCCUUCAUUCCUUGUCUCCCAAGCGCGCAAUAUCAAAUGCAUGUUCAUCCGGAGCACGUUGUCUUUGAAUGCACAGCUUGGUAAUUUGAACAAUACAGCCAUAACAUUUUCUGUCCUACGGGAUUCGACUAAGGGAGCAGAUAUUUUCGACACAAAUUACAAACCUUUGGCUUGGAUGAGAUAUUCCAAGUUUCUAGAGGAUUUUCCUGGGGGCGCGGAAAGGGCGGAGGAAUGGCUGGUGAAUAAACUGCUUAUUUCGCCGGAGGAUGCCCACGGGAUGGAUCAAACUUUAGAUGGUGUUUGGGAUCUAUUCAAUCGCAGCACACAGAUGAUGAAGGGGCUGUUCAAUUAUGAAUCUGCGUUCCGAAACUAUAUAGGAAAAGCUAUUGACAGUUUCGUCGAAGACAACGUUAUGUACGCUGAAGUCCGGCCAAACUUCUUCGACAAGUACAUUCCAAGCGACGACGGCGAGAGACAAUUAGAUCACCGUGUUUGGAUGCAGAUCAUCCGGGACGAAGUUAAGGCUAAAAUCAAGCAACUCGAUGCAGACGGCAAAGGCGCUGGCCGUUUCAAGGGCUUGAAAGUAAUCUACUGCGCUCCACGCUCUAUUAAAAAUGAGGACAUGACCUGGUGUCUCAAAGAUUGCAUCUCGUUAAAGCAGGAAUUUCCAGAAUUGAUCUGCGGAUUCGAUAUGGUCGGCUGCGAAGGCCGAGGCAACCCAAUCCGACACUACAUCUCCGAACUCCUGCAGUUUAAAGCUGCGUGCACCGCACUCGACUUGGACAUCCCGUUCAUCUUCCACGCGGGGGAGACGCUUGAGAGCCAAGGACCAACAGACAACAACCUCUACGAUGCCAUUCUGCUUGGCUCCAAACGCAUCGGCCACGGUUUCUCGAUGCCGCAACACCCGCUACUCAUGCAGCUAUGUCGUGAUCGUGGCAUUGCGCUAGAGGUCUGCCCUAUCUCCAAUGAGGUCCUUCACCUAUGCGCGUCCAUGAAGGGCCAUGUGUUACCAACGCUUCUGGCAAAUUCGGUGCCAUGUACGAUUAAUAGUGAUAAUCCGGCGUAUUUUGGCUCUUCACUCUCACACGAUUUUUACCAAACCAUCCUACACCACGACUCCAUGACGCUUUUUGGCUGGCGUGUUCUGGCCGAGUGGAGCAUUGAACAUUCAUGCAUGGAUGCAGAGCAGAGGGCUGAUGCAUUUAGGACGUGGGAGGCUAAUUGGGCGAAGUUUUGCCAAUGGAUCGUUGAGGAAUUUGGACCGGAGUAUUUGAGCUUUCCGGUCUCCACGGGAGUGAGAAAUCCGAAUUGACCGAUCUUUAGUUAUCAAUGGUUGGGAAUCUAGAAACGGGGGGAGGGAUUGUUCGCCAUAUAUAGAUGAUACCGGGUGGCAUACUGGUGGAGCUGGUGUUAGGUGGGCGUGGGAGUUUGGCCCUUUUUCCUGUUUUCUUUUACCAUAUAUACCCCCUUUUAUGAAGCCUUAGUCUACGUUUACGUUAUUUCAAUUACGAUUCGAAUGAAUCUCAAUGUCCUGGAUUUUGUUUCGCUCGUUACGGGGACGGGCAAUUUAUUCUUGCGAUUCUCUCUUCACAAACCAUAAAACAUAGGGACAGCCUGAUUUUCAAAAGUAGGAUAAAUUCCGUAUAAUUACAAGGUAUUAAUGUAAUAUCAAGAUCA